AUUAGAGACUUCCUGGUCAGAUUACUGCCGAGUAUUUUAUUUAUAAAAUUAAACCAAAUAUAAAUUAAGCUUCCGUGAAUCGUCAAUCAUUUACCAGAAUAACUUACACUCGGUUGAGACUUCAUAGCCAGAAUGGCGAAUAAACAUAGAGGCCAAACACAUAACAAAACUCCAAAACGAUUCCUUAGUGCUACUGAUAUUAGUACGUUAACCACGCAGUUAGAACUUAAAAAUGACAUGCUGGAUAAAAUAGACAAGAAAAAUAAACAGUAUUUAGAAAAUGAGCGACUGAAAAGAGAAAAUGAAAUGUUAGAAAAAGACAAGGAAGCUGCUCUCUCAAGGUUAAGUAAAAUAGCAGGAGAAAAAUUAUCAAAAGGGAACCCAUCCAUAGCAGAUCUUGGGGACCCAAACAAGCCUACGAAACUUGGAGAAAGAUGGAGUUCGCUUUAUACCGAUGAAUGGACAGACGCUUUUGAAGAAAUAAGUACAAAAUGCAAGACAAACAAGACUGCUGUUCCAGAAAAGAUCUUACUGAGGAUAGUUGAUUGGUGUUACACAACAUGCAGCAAUUUAUCUGAGAACCAAGCCAAAGGAAUUAAGCAGUUGCUUCGGGAUGUUUCUCAUCAUUUGAAUUUACAAGACGAAAGAAAAAAUGACAUCAAUCAAAAUAUCCAUGCCAAAUGCGACAUGACAGUCUCCGAAGAUGACGACUCAAUUAAACUUUUCAUUGAAACCUUUAGAAGUCAACGUCACAAUAAUGAACGGUUGAAGGAGACAGUAGUUAAAAAAUGCAUUGAAGGCUAUCUAAAAUCGAACAAGGAGGCUACAGACAAUGAACUAAUUUUUGUUAAAAAAUGUUCCGAACUUUGCUGGUGCAUAUGUAUUGCUGAUCCACCGAUGGUAAUCGAAUACAAAAACUUUGAAAAUCAUAAGAUCGACUCUACGAAAUUUAAUAAAUAUAACAGAUCUGGAACAAUUGUGGAAUUUGUAGUAUGGCCUACUUUGCUGUUAUAUAAAGAUGGACCUGUUUUGGCAAAAGGGACUGUGCAAACGAUUGGUUAAAGAGUGAAAGUCGGUAUCCUUGAAUGAUACACAUUUAUAAACAUCUAAGAGGGAAUUAUUCCGAAAGAAUUAGCAUGAGAAUAAAUUAGACAUAUUUCAACCUACAUGUAUAUAAUUAAAUGUUUUAUGUUUUUGAAAGAGAUAAAUAUUUAACAAGGAAUUAAAUGAAAAAUAGUUGCCGACAUGUUACGUAUUCCAAAGUCUUACCGCUAGAAACAGUUUUGACAAUUCAAUACCAGAACUUAUCCGGAUAGUGAUAUCUGAAGAAGUCUUUUUGUUAAGCCUCAUUUCUUAAAAUGUUAAUGUGUUCUAUAUAUUCAUUUAACUAACUUAAAAUAACUAUUAAUUUCCUUUAGUACCAAGUCAGGAAUAUGACAGUUCUUGUCCACUUGUUUUUGGUGUGUUUUGUUAUUUGAUUUUGCCAUGUGAUUAUGGACUUUCCGAAUUGAUUUUUCUCUAAGUUCAG